AUGCCGCCCGGUCAAGCAAAGAGGAAGCGCCCACAGGAUGACAGCCAGUCGCGCGCUUCACCUCAUCGCCCAGAGAAUCUGAAUCUCGCCCAGCAGAACCAGCGCAACAACAACAACAACAACAACAACAACCACCGUGGAGGUGGAGGUGGACACGGGGGCCAUGGCGGACAUGGUGGAGAUGGAGGAGGAGGAAGAGGAGGGCGCAACAACAACGGCCACCGCUCAAACAACUCGACUCCCACGCACAACCGCCAGGGAAACUUCUCGCAGCCGCAGUCCAACAGGAACUCGCCGCAUCCACACCAACACCCUCCUCAGCAGCAGCAGCAGAGUGCACCGCCCGCUCCCUCGCCAGCACAGGCACAAGCACCAGCGCAGCCAGCCGAGCCAACACGUCCCGCCCUCGUCUCGACUCCCUCAGCCACGCCCGCCCCUCCACUCGUCCUUCCACAAUACCCUCCAACACCCAAAGAACCUCCGCCGCCUUACGCCUACGACUACCUGACCGACGACGCUGUGAGCGCAUGGCAAGCAAGAGGCAAGCAGUCGGUACUCGCUGCCCUGCAAGAGGCCGAAGACAAGGACACCAUCUCGAGCGUCGUCAUGCAAGAGCUGCUGAGGUCGACACUGGACGGCCGUCUGUCUGCCGGAGAGUGUGCCGAAGUGCUGAAACACGUCGCUCCUGCCGAAGAGCUGCAGUCCGUCUUUGCCGACACGCUGACCCUGCUCGACGACGCCGACUGGAAGAGUCCCGUCCUCAAGACGCUCAUCUACCACGCUGGUCUCGACUCUCACCUCCUCCGCAACGAGCUCGACAUUGAGCCGCUCUCGGCCCUCGGUCUCGUGCGCCACACCUUUUCCACCAUCCGCAACCGCAAGACGACCAACCUCAUCUACCGCCAGGCAAACUUCAACCUCCUGCGUGAAGAGUCCGAAGGCUACUCGAAACUCAUCACCGAAUACUUCAACGCCGCCAAUGCUGGCUCCACCUCGGAUCUCAUCGCCGAAGACACCUUCCUGCGCAUCAAGGCUCUCGUCGGCUCUUUCGACCUCGAUGUCGGCCGCGUGCUGGACAUCACCCUGGAUGUCAUGGCUAACCUCCUUAUCAAGAACUUUCGCUUUUUCAUAAAGUACUUGCGCGCGAGUUCUUGGUGGCCUGAACAACAUGUUCCCGAAGGCUUUCAAACCCAGGGUCAAGGCUUCACAUCUCUACCAGCAUGGGCUCUUCCGCAUUCAGCAUCCUGGAGUCAGACUGCAGAACAGCGUGCUCAACUCGCCGCUCUCAAGGAAGCUCGUGAUGUCGAUUUCUGGCAGCAAGUGCGCAAGGUCGGCAUGGAAGCCUUCUUUGACAUUGGUGCUCUUCGCAUCACAAAUCUAGAUGCCUCUGCCGUCGCUGAUCUACUCAACACCGAGCUCAAGCCAGAGCUGGAUGCCAGAGGUCGUGAGAUGAACAUGAUCCGUCGUCUUCGCACCAACAACGCCCGCAAGUGGAUGCGUCAGACUGGCUGCGUCGUCCCUCCUGGCAACUCUGAUGCUGCUCAACUCCUUGGUUUCAAGCUCGCUUUCUACUCUUCAGCCGCACGCGACAAGAAUGAUGUCCUCCCAGACAACCUCAUCUACCUUGCCGCUUUCCUCAUCAAGAUUGGCUUCAUCUCCUUGAGAGACCUCUAUCCUCACCUCUACCCACCAGACGACAAGAUGGGCGAGACCAAGGAGACUCUGGAGAAGGAGAAGCUUGAGAGAGAAAAGGCAGCCAAGCCUGGUGGUGGUGCUCUCAAUGCUCUCGCCAUGGCCGGUGCUCUUGCAGACGACACUGCACCUGCUCCGUCCGCUGCUGUUCGUGGUCUACGAGAAAAUGCUUCUGGUCGUGCUACACCAAAGCAAGAUGCCGACGCUGCCGCCGGUGCUGCCAUAGAAGACGGCGAGAAGGAAGCUCUGCCCGAACCAGCCAAUCAAAAGGUUGCUUUGGUCAAGAGUCUGCUCGCUAUUGGAUGUCUGCCCGAGGCUUUGUACAUUCUCGGUCGUUUUCCUUGGCUGACAGAUCUUGUCCACGAACUUCCCGACUACAUUCACCGCAUUCUUCACCACAUGCUCACAAAGGUCUAUGAGCCCGCCAGACCUCUUGCCAACAGACCCGGUAUGAAUGAUGCCAAACCUCACAUUGGUGAUCCUACUGGUCUGCCCAAGGGCCAGCUCAACCUCACUCCUGCUCCACCACUAAAGACCUUGAGAUGGGCAAACCUCGACCGUCCCGACCAUGGUGAUGCUGUCGAGUACAAGUUCUACUGGGACGACUGGGUCGACAACAUUCCCGUUUGUCAAUCAGUCGACGACGUCUUUCAACUUUGCAGUACUUUUCUCAACCUGACCGGUGUCAAGAUUGGUAGAGACUCUGCUUUGCUCAUGAAGCUUGCCCGUAUUGGUAAGAAGAGCUUGACAGAUGAUCCUUCAGAGUCCAACUACGCCCGCUGGAUCGAUCUCAGCAAGCGCUUGCUUGUCCCUGCUCUGAGUUUGACCAAGCACAACACUGGGGAUGUCAACGAAAUGUUUGAGCUCCUGAAAUUCUUCUCGGUCAGCGUUCGCUACUCGAUCUAUGCCGAGUGGCAUUUCGGCAACACCUCUCGCCUCCCCGACAUCAAGUCUGCCUUUGACCUCACUAAGGCUGAGACAAAGGACGUUCUCAAGCGUAUUAGCAAGACUAAUGUUAGAGCCAUGGGUAAAGCACUCUCAAAGGUCGCCUUCUCUUCUCCCGGUAUCGUCAUGCAAGUCGCAAUCCACCAGAUGGAGUCCUACGACAACCUUAUCGAUGUUGUCGUGGAAUGUGUCCGCUACUUCAGCAUGCUCGGCUAUGAUGUCUUGACUUGGUGUUUGAUGAAUGCGCUUGGUGGAGGUGGCAGAAAUCGUGUUCAAGCCGACGGUAUGCUCACCAGUCCUUGGUUGCGUGCACUUUCGACCUUUGCUGGUUCCAUUUUUAAGCGCUACUCUGCCAUGGAUCCUUCGCCUAUUCUUCAAUACGUCACCAAUGAACUCCGUGCUGGCAACUCCACCGACCUCGAGGUUCUUGAGCAAAUCAUCACCGAGAUGGUUGGUAUCAAAUCUGACAUGACAUUCAACGAGUCGCAGGUUCUUGCCAUGGCUGGCGGACCAGUUUUGAAGGCUCAAACUCUGAUCUCUUUGCUCGACGAGAGACACAAGAUGGAGAAGCCUUCUCGUCGUCUUGUCAAAGCACUCACUGAGCCUGGGCUUGCUGGUCAACUCCUGAUCUCAGUUGCUCAAGAAAGUCAGAUGUAUGCCCAUCACGAAUCUACUCAAGAUGCGCCUCUGAAAGUACUCGGAAACAACAUGGAUAAGCUCUACCAGGUCUUUAACCAGUACCUCGAGACCCUCCGAAGCACCCUUCCGCCCGCCGAAUUCGACGCUGUCGUGCCCGACACUGUCAGCUUGAUGGGUGACUUUGGCCUUGAGCCCGCGAUUGCAUUCAUGAUUGGUCGUGCAAGUAUUGCUCAUGCGAUUGCCGAAAGCGACGCAGCCAAGAAAGCCGAACAACAGGCCAGAAGAUCGAGCCAAUCGGCCCCUGCCACCGGCGAUAUCACCAUGACCGAUGCUGAAGAGAAGGAUGUCAAGAGCGAGGAAGUCACCUCGCCACCAACCGAAGACAAGCCCAUGCUAUCCCUCACCGAAACAGAUGCGGAGAUGAGGAGUGUCGCCCAUGCCAACGGUGUUGACACCUCAACUCCUACUCCCUCACCCGAUUCUCAUUGGCAUCCCGUCUUGACUCCUCUCAUUGAGAAGACUCGUCUUCUGUUUGGUGACAAGCUCGAGCAAUGCAUCAGCAUCCCAUUCUACGUCACCUUCUGGACUCUUGGUCUCGAAGAUAUUCUGGUCAACACCAACAGCUACGACCAAGAACUCGCUACUCAGUCUCACCUCAUCAAUCAAAUCAACAACGAUCGUACUGAUGUCAGUGGUAAGGGCAUGCAAGACAAGGAUAAGAGGAAGAAGGCCAUUAGCGAGCUAAGAGAAAAGCUUACUCAAGAGAUGAAGAGUCAGAUUGGUGCAUACACCCAAAUCCGCAACAGACUCAACAAAGAGAAAGACCAUUGGUUCACCGACUUCCAUAACAAGGUUGAGUUGCUGCACACCAGUCUCCUUCAGAACUGCUUCCUCCCGAGAAUGAUGAAUUCUCCUUUGGAUGCUCACUACACUUACAUGAUGUUGAAAUUCCUCCACAACAAUGGUGCUCCCGGAUUCCGUACUAUGCAUCUGCUGGACCGCCUGUUGCGCAAGAAUCAACUCUCGUCGCUCAUGUUCCAAUGCACACCCAGAGAGUCUGAGAACUUUGGUCGCUUCUUGAAUGAAGUGCUCAAGGAGCUCUCAUCUUGGCAUGCCGACAGAACUGCUUACGAGAAGAAUGCAUUCGGAGCAAAGAGACAGCUUACUGGCUUUGCUAGAAAGCUCAACCCAGAUCAAACUCCACAAACCUUCCUCAACUAUGAAGAGUACCGUGUACUUCUCUACAAGUGGCAUUCCAACUUGAAUGCGGCUUUCCAGAUGUGUUUCGACUCUGGAGAGUACAUGCACAUUCGUAAUGCCAUCAUCGUCUUCAAGGCUGUUGCCCAACAAUUCCCCGUUGCCGAGCCCAUGGGCAAGAUCAUACUCGAUGCUGUCACUGCCCUUAGCAAGGCUGAUGGCAGGGCUGAUCUCAAGCUUGCUGCAGCAAGUACGCUGGGUGACAUCCGCAAGAGACAGUCUUCUUGGGUCUCCAAGGAGCACUUUACAGGAAAACCCGACCCUAAUGCCAAACCUGUGCCAUCUCGAGCCGAGACUCCCACUUCUCGCACUUCGACACCACUUAACCCUGCAGCUCAGGCCUUCAAGGCGCCUCCCUUGCCCGCUCAGCAAGGCGAGUCUGAAGAUGGAGAGAUUGACGACGACAAGCAAGUGUCAAGCAAAGGAGCUGACAAGAAGUCCGACAAUCUGCCUGAGAGGAAGGCUGAUCUCAAGCCACCACCGAGGGCCAAUGAAGGUCAAUCAAGAGCCCCAAAUUCAUCGCAACGCAAUGGAUCUAGACAAUCAUCAACUCAGUCUGCUCGACUGCCUCACUCACUACCUAGUAAGCCCGAGCUUCCACCUGCCGGCAGACAGCCACCACCUGGACGUGGUCUUCCAGCACAAUUGCCGGCUCCUCGACACGAAUCUCAUGAACGCGGUCAUGUCUCUGAAUAUGGAAGACUUGACCGACCCAAUGAGGCUCUCCGUUCAGCCGCAACCAGCAUGCCGAGAGAAGCAUCACCACCUCUUGCAGGACGUGGAGGAAGAAGCCGUCAAAGAUCGCCAGAGUACUCUGCUCGUGAUGACAGACGCGAUCACUACAGUAGACCACUUGCUGCGGCUGUACCGGAACCUAGAAUGGCCGAACGCGAGUCAUACGGUCCGAUCAAACCUGUCAAACCUCAUCCUGGGAGAACGCUUCUUCAGGAAAAUAGAGGAGCUUACCCCAAUGGACCCAGCCCGAUGGCACCUCCUCCAGACCGGUCUGGCUAUGAUAGACCUGAGCGUAAUGACCGUCCUGAACGCUCCGACCGUGAGCGCGCCGAGCGUCAACCUAUAAGCCGAGCUUCUUCUCAUUCUGCUCAACAGCCACAACCAGCAGUCAGCGUCAAUCCUGAGCGACUUGCCCUCAUUGCAGGUGACAUUCCUCCUGUCGACCGCAGAUCUAGAGACUCAUCUCGCGAUGAUAGAAGGUCUAGAGAAUCAAGACCUCAGUCACCCAAGAGACCUGGUGAUCUUCCUCCACCUGUGCGAGAGAAGGAAGUACCACGCAGAGCUCCUCUCGACCCUAACCCAUUCAUGGCUCGCGAUAAUGCUCGCGUUCAGCCCGAGAAGGUAGAGAAGAAAGAUGAGCCCCCACCACCUACUGGGCCGGCAGCGACUCGUGGUGGAAGAGGAGGUCGCAAUGAUGUCCCUUCUAAUCCAGUCGCUCGUGACUUGUUCGAGUCAUCAGGCGGCCCUAGAAGAGCCGUUGAUGUACAAAGUCAAGAUCCCAACUACGGACGUCUGAGUUCUGCUCCUGAAAUGCCUUCUGGACCUCCUUCCGGACCUAGAGGGUUCGCGAACAACGCCCCCAGAAACUUCUCAGGGCAAGGUGGCCCAGCUGGUCGUCCUAGUGAUGCCAGAGAUGUACCCCACAAUGCACCUCAAGAACCCAGUGGUCGUGGCAGACGUCCUCCACAUGAUCGACAAGGCUCACAGCAGGCACAGUUCCAAUCACAGCCUCCCCCACCUCCUCCACCCCCUCCAGGCCAACCUCCAUCUACUGCGCAACCAGAAGCUAUCGGUGUCCACCCUACCCGUCUUGCUCAUCUCGAUAUCCCACCGCAAUCUGCAGCUACGCCUACAGGACCCAGAAUGGGUAACUCGUCACAGCCAAACACACCUUCUGGACCGUCUGCAGCCAUGCCUAGAGCUCCUGCCGGACCCGCCCUCGAUCGCAGAAACAACGGUACUGAUCGCAGGUUUGCGGGCCUCAACGACACAUUGCAGAGUUCGAAUGGCAAUGGUGCGUCUAUAAGAGGACGGGCAGGUGGCCGAGGACCACAAGGUGGCAAUGCCAUGAUGCCCUCGCCUGUUCAGCCCAGUCCUGUCGUCGCACAAUCACCCGUCAUGCCAUCUCCUGGCAUGCGAGCAGAUUUCCAAGCUCCAUCAAGACCCGAUGGCGGUAACGGAGGUAGCAGAAGACAUGACGACCGCGAGCAAAGAGAUUCAAGACGUCAUGGAAGAGACGCAGGAGAUCGUCACAGCAGUCACGGCAACCAGAAUCCUAAUCAACCUCCCCCUUCGGAAGAGUACCGUGGUCAUCAGAGUAAUUCAAGGAACCCUCGAUCCGCUAGAGAUCAGAGAGAUAACAGGGAUGGUGGAUAUGGAGGCCGCACCGCGCCUGCUACACCGACACUUUCCUCUGCCGCACAAGCACCGCAGAGCUUCGCUCAACCCGAUCCUUCUUCUGGAUAUCCCGGCGGUCGCAGUCAACGCUAUGAAGGUGAUGACAGAGGUGGAGAUUACCGCCGCGACAACCGUGCAGACGUAGGAGGUGGUGGAAGAAGAGACGACGGCAACAAUGGUGGACGCAGAGGCCAGGGACAAGGCCAAGGACAAAACCAGAGCAACGAUCAAAGUGGUAGCAGCAGAAGGGGCGGCGGCGGUGAACAAGCAGAAGGCAACCGCUCCGAACGUAAGAGAAGAGGAGAAGGCGAACCUGGUGGCCAUGAAGGAAAGCGAAGGAGAAGCGGAAUGUGA